CGGUCAUCGUCGUCGUUUAGUCUUAGCAAGGUCUUAGCGGCGGUUGGCAGUUUUGCCGCUAUCUGCGCGCGGUCCACACGAUCACACAUUUUCAAUUCUGUUUGUUUUUUUUUUAAUUUGUUCGUUUUGUUGGGCCGGUGAGGGCCGCCCCCUCUUCGUCGUUUACGGUAACGCGAGUGCGCGAGUGUGCAGCGGUUUUACUCCGUUGGAUUAUUUACAAACUGAAUGAAGUGCCUUGGAUUUACGUGAUUCGAGAUGCCGAAGAUAUUUCUGAUCAAGAACCGACUGCACCAGCAGCAGUUGCGGCUCUUGGAGAACCAGAACGCCACCCAAGGCAAGAACGACCUCGGCAUAGACCGGGUCGAGGGCUCGCCCCAACCGCUGUCCCUUAUUGUUCCAAAAAAAGAAGAAAAAGACAAGAGCUCUGACGGCGGCAAAACCAAAACCCCGCCACCCGACGACCCGAAAAAAUCGCAGGAAACUGCACCUCCGCGACGCUUCAUAUCGUCGAUUUUGGGCGGCGACGUUCCUUACGGCAGCAGAGGUCAUGUACUAACACGCGCCGAACGCAAAGAGUACGCCCCCGCCGCCGCCCUCCCCGGCAAAGUGACGCUUCCUCCCGUCCAAAAGCCGAAAGAUGACGUCGUCAAACCGAAAAACCUGGCGCCCGUCAGGCACUUUUCCGUCAUACAACGAACUCCGCCAGCCUCCAAGAGAGACGAGGACGUCGACGUGCAGGUACCUGCCGCACUUGCGGUACAGGAACCCGAACAGGACCAGCCGAUCGACUACCACAUCCCCAAGAGGAAAGGCGAGACGGAGAACGAAGAGGAGGAGCGCAGACUGAGGGAGCAACGUCGCAGCCAUUGCUCCAAGGUGAACAAACCGUUGAUCAGCGUGAGGUCCAUCAUCGGAAAAUUGCCCAUCGUGAUGACUUCCGCGGCUGCGGGACACGGCCGGGGUUCCUCCGGCGGCCAGACCAAUUCGAACGGCGGAUCCGCCAACACCUCCUCGGGAGGCGGUUCGAUCAGCUUCACGGGCGGCUCCGGUGGGGGCGGAGGCGCAGGCGGCGGAGGUUCGAUCGGCGGAGGGACCGGCGGAGGCGGUAUGAACCCCGGCCGCGACGGGCGUCAAAAUUACGGACCGAGCAGCCCGCCGACCGGCAGCCUGCCCCCGUUCUACGAAUCGCUGAAGGGCGGCAACAACGGGAACGGGUACAACGCAAACGGAACCUUCUCCUCGAGCUACCUGCUGUCCAGUCAGCACAACAUGGACUGCGACACCGGGCAGGAUUUGGCAAACUUGAGCCUGAACGGGCAAAGUUCCCCGAAACAGUACUCGACCCUGCAGAACGCGUCGUAUGGUAUAGUAAUGAAGGACGAAACGGAUUUGGACAUUUACGAGAAGCAGAUCGAUCCUAUCAACCAGCUACUACCGGCCGGAUACUCGGGCUACGACGAGUCGAUGAUGGUGGACAUGGUGACCGGAGCAGUCGUAGACCCGCUCCAGUUCACCGCGACGUUGAAUUUCUCGAGUUCCGCGGAACACGCCCUCCUCGAGAGUCUGUCGGACGCCACCGACUUGUCGACGUUCCUGCAGAGAUUGCCCAGCGACGACAACAACGACAGCGAUGAACUGCAUUCGCCGGGCGGCACCAACUCCCAGCUCCAAGUCGACCACAACAUCGACUCGUUCAACGAACAGAUGCUCGGCCGUAGCGGCAACUACGAGACGCGGACCGGGUACAACCAGUUCUCGAAAAUGUACCAGGAAUCGCUACCAUCGUAUCAGUCGUCUAUUAGUGUGUCGAGCGACACAACGAUCCAAAUGCAGCAACAGCAGCAACAGCAGAUGCUGUCACCGACGCUAUCGUUCAACGGCAGUGCCCUAGACCUGGACUCGCCGACGACGAUGUCUCUUCCGUCGCCGGGGGCCACUUCGUGCUCGAUGGACGGCCCCGACGGAGGGGCGAUAUCACCGCCGGCGAAUGUGAGUGGUGGGGGCAGGCGAGAUAGUGGCGGAUCUACGGGGGAUGGGGCGACCAAUCCGUCCCUGCAGGGCAGGGUAAAUGUUUUGCAACGGAGGCUAGGUUUGCCGUCGGAGGUUCAGCUUGAGUUCGUAAACGGCGGCCACGGCAUCAAGAACCCCCUAGCGAACCAAGAGAACAACCGUCAGGGUCCCAGGACGGAAGAAAAGGUCAAAGUGUCGUCAGUGACUACUGAGGACGGACAGACAAGUUUCUGCUGUCGGGUGUGCAAUAAGACUUUCGCGCUGCAGCGUCUCCUCAACAGGCACAUGAAGUGUCACUCGGAUGUCAAGAGGUACUUGUGCACGUUCUGUGGCAAGGGAUUCAACGACACGUUCGAUUUGAAGAGGCACACAAGGACACACACAGGCGUGAGGCCCUACAAGUGCAGCUUGUGCGAGAAGUCGUUUACGCAGAGAUGUUCCCUCGAGUCCCACUGCCUCAAGGUCCACGGGGUGCAGCACCAGUAUGCAUAUAAAGAGAGGAGGACAAAAGUGUACGUUUGCGAGGAAUGCGGCCACACCACCUCCGAACCGGAAGUCCACUAUCUCCACCUCAAGGAGAAGCACCCUUACAGUCCGGCCCUCCUCAAGUUCUAUGAUAAAAGGCACUUUAAAUUUACUAAUUCGAAUUUUGCUAAUAUGUUGCUUCAGGACGAUCCCACGCCAAUAGUGACUUAUUAGAAACUAUGGCAAUCGCAACAAAGAAGACAUUAAUUAUAGCAUGUACAUUUUUAAUUUUUGUCCAGCUGCGUCGUUCAAACAGACACAUCGUGUUUAAUAUUUUAGUCCGUCCGGUAAAAAAAUAAUACACGACUUGCCCUGACCGACUCGAAUACUAUGCCAACGAGAAAGCAAAAAUUUUCAAUCAGAAUACAAUUGCAUUUUUCUGAUUCCGUCAUUUCAAGUCGCGAAAAAUUCGUUUCCCUUUCACCGCUGACGGCUAAAAUAUCUGUUUUAAUCUUUUUCUGUGAUAAUAUUAAAUUUAAUCUUCCACGUUAUAUUUACUAUGUUACGUUUUAAUGUUUACCUACAUUACGCGAUAACUGUAGGAAGUUAUCAGACCAACAAGUCUAUGGAAAUAACCAGAUGCAUGGUAAAAGUCGUUUUGGUUACUUCCAAAGGCAGAGUAUAUUUUUUAUGCGGCAAGCAUUCGACAGACUAAAUAAUGUUAAAAAUUCGGGUUUUUUGUGCAAUCUAGGUGAAAGGAUCUGAUGGGUUUUAGUUAAGUCCUAGUUUAAUAACCAAAAUAUUAUAUUUAUGUUGGCGGGAACGCGAUUAGAAAUUAGAAACAAAGGAGAGCGACGACUUUUGUUUCGAAUCUUUGACGCGUUCCGCAGAGUUUAAACGUUCUGGUGCUUCAUAGAGUAAGAACUAUGGUGCUACAGGAUAGACAUUCGAAAACGUACAGUUACAACGAAUACAUUACAUUGAGGAACUAUUUCUGCAAUAUUUUAGAGUUAGUCUCUUAGUCUUAUGAAGUGAGAUUUUUUUUGUUAAUAGAGUGAAUGAACAACCUUUGUAAAUAAUUUAGUUUUAAAGUUUUUGUCGCUGUAAGUACCUUUCUGGUUUAGCGUUUUGCCAGUGCGCCUGUCCCGUUUUGUUAAGAGAAAAAACAAUACAUAUUUAUAUGCGUGUGUUUCUUUUUACGUUACAGUAUUUUCGAUUGUGUUUCAUUAUAGACGACUUUGCGUUCAAAUGGAAAAGUUUUACAAUUUACAUUUCUUCCCGUUAGCUUUAAAAUUAGUCCGCAAAGUAGAUGAUUGAUAAGGCUUUGUAUUUAUAUAAUAUUACGUAACUUAGAAACAAAACAUAAUGUUGUUAUACAA